AUGAGAUCAUCGCUGGUUCUCGAAAUCUCCCGGCUAAUCCUCCUCAUAUUAUUAUCAUUAAACGCAGCAUCAGCAGCAGACAACCGAACAUGUUAUAUGGUCGAUGAACAGACAAUUGCCGUCGACCAUGUGCCCUGCACCACAAAGCACACCACCCACUGCUGUCACAAAAAUGAUAUCUGCGUGUCAAAUGGUCUCUGUUGGUCCCAAAGAAAUGGCGAUAUGGUUUUAUCCCGAGGCAGUUGUUCCAAUGUGAAUUGGAGUGGAGAUUGUGUAUCUGCAAGACCAUGUGCCCGCGCAAAUACAUCAGGCGGAUACCCCGUCGUUAACGCCGAUAUCGCCAAUCACCAGUUUUGCUGCGGCUCCGUCUUAAGCUCCUCCGCGUCCGAUGGAAUCGAGUGCUCGGGCGAUGGACCCUUCCCUGUCCCAACUGGCACCGUGAUUCCUGGGGUCGCCGCGCUGGCAUCCGUGGCCUCGACAUCUUCAAGCACUCCCAGUUCCACUUGUCCCGGUGGUAAUAACAGCAACACCACCUUGUUACAAAGCUCGGAGAAAUCGGAUGACAAGUCGACCAAACUAGGCCUCGGGUUGGGUCUCGGUCUUCCAUUGGGUAUCCUUGCGGGCACUGCAUUGAUUUGGGGUGCCUGUGAGAGAAAGAAAGCAACAUCUGCCAGAAGUGAAUUGGAACAGUUAAAGACUGCGAUGGCCCACAAUCACCAGUACGGUCAUAUACCACAAAUGCAGGCACCGCCGCCUGUCGAGAUGAGCCAUGACGGGAAUAUUGUUGCGGAGCUGCCGUCUGCCGGCUACAACAAGUGA